AUGUCUGGCACCAAACGGAAACAUGGACAUGAACAGCCAAAUGAGUCUCCUAGCAAUAAGACGCGCUCUCGCCCACCCCCAUCCGUCGAAGCACGCGUCGAUCCAACCUACGGCCAACGAAGCGCAAUACCUGGAUUGGAUGAUGAGAUAGGAGCUGACUUCGAUGAACACAGCCUUAACUAUGACAUUGAUGUAGAUGCUCUGAAUUAUUUGAGGGCUGUUAGGCAAGAAGCAACUGGCAUUCCGAAUCUUCUCGUUGCCCCACAACAAGACCGAGAGAAUCGAGACAUUUACGACAGUGGUAUAGGAGACUAUCGGGGUUUGUACGGAGACGGCGCCUACUAUGCGGCCCCCGAGAGUGUAGAUUUCACCGAUGAAGAGAGGAGUUUGGCCACGGAUCAAAACUUGACAUAUUUCGAUUCCAUCCUGAGCCGCUAUGAGGCGUUGCGGGCACAACUUCAACAGAUACCCCCUGCACAUGCUAUCGAAAAUUUGGACGAGGACCAUCCUACAUAUGUUGGUGCCCUUAACACCUCGGUUGCGCGUUGGUGGAGGUGGAAGAUGAGAACUGUAGACCCGCUUCCUGUCCAGAUUUCGGGUAUGAAUAAGAGUACCGUGCUGAGGUUACUCGGAUUAUUGACGGGAGGGAAUUUACUCCAGCGAGGCACGGAGGUGGAGGUGGGCGUUAGCAGAUGGACCUGGAGCUUGCUAGCAAAAUUACCAGAGAGAGGUGAGUUGACAAGCGAAGAAAUUGGCGUCGUGAGAGAGUUAGGCAAGAAGGCUGUCCUUCUUGGCAUGGGAUUGAAGGACGAUGCGGAGUUGAAUGAAGGUAUGGACGAGGUGGAGGCGGGCUUAGAUCGGGGUGAGGAAGAAGACGAGGUCAUGGAUGUUGUUAACGAGGAAGAAAUCCCUAUUGCUAUCGACGAAGAUCUAGCUACCGGCGAUGGAAGUAGUAUUCUUCCUCGGGGUGGGGCCAUCGAAGUUCCAGUUCCAGCUGCAAUCCUACACGAAAACAGCCAAGUAUCCAGCAUUGUAGCUCCGGCGUCGCAGCAACCUGUCAAUCCAGAGGCCGUUGGAUCUGCCAACACCCUUCCCGUGGGAAGUCAGGUUAUGGAUAUAAACAACCACGCCAGCCCUCCAGACGUGUCACAACCCGCUGAUGAUUUGGUGGCGGCGAAAGCACGCAUAUUAAGCAGCCUAAACGAACCGGACGGACAAGGAGGUACUUCAGAGAAACCAAAGGAGCAAUCUACCACAGGAAAGCAGCACAAGUGGAAUACCAAAGCAACUGUGGAUAUGAUCCUUACCGUGGCAGGGGAAGUAUACGGACAACGGGAUCUUCUGGAAUUCAGAGGAACUUGGGAUCAAAUAUCUUACGGCUCGUGA